GUUGGAAAGGAAUGGUUAAUUGGGAUAUUUUUAGCUUUCCUCGUAGCUUGGAUCCUGGAAAUCAGGCACGGGAGCCAGCGCUGUCUGACCAUUCAGCUUUACGCAGAGAAGCGCAGUCUGAAGAUGGAACGCAGCAGGACUUACAUCAAGCCUCAGCUCUGGUUCUUAAAUCUCCUGCCCCCCAGCAGCCGCAUUCCCUGGGACUCAGCACGUUGGCUGGGGAUUUGCCAGUUCCCCCACGCCAAUGAGGAUCGUGCUCUGUCUUGCCGUUGGUGUCUUCAGAGAAGUCAACACUCUGAGCAGACAGAAUGUACAAACCUCUUUGCUACCUGAAGAGAGAUUUUGUUGCUGCUAAUUUGUCCUGGAUGAUUGGCUGCUGCAGGGAGAAGGAUCGUUGAUUGCUCUGCUCUAUAUUACUGGUGUAGCAUCUGCUUCUGGUUCGAUGGAGGUGCAGAUAUCCCGUGUGUGAUCCACUAAGCUACUUCUCAGACCUUACGGUGUUCAUGCGUCUUCUGACAGAGCAACUCUAAAUUGGAGCUUAUCAACUUUCUUCUGUUGUGAACAAUUCUACUGCUAGUGAGGAGUUUGCGUAGAAAGAAAAGCACACCAGCAACCACCCUGGAGCUGCCUGGAAGGCUCACUGGUGCCAGGGUUCACCAUGGACGCUUGCUUGAUCAAAUGGAGGAGCAACUUGGAACCAGAGUCACGGUCCCGGUGCUUCAACUGCCAGAGGAGAAGCGUAGCUUAAAAAAGCCUUCUUCAGUGGUAUGGCAUGGUGGUGUCUUCAUAUUCCCUGUGUGUGUACUGGUUUUUACAGCAUUCUGGCAUCAUCUGCUCCAAAGUGGUUUUGAAAGGAGGACGCCACUGGUGCCAGCAGACAGACUUCCAAAUUCUGAAAUGCAGAAGUGUUUUUAAUGCUUCAGAGUUGUGACUAGCAAGAAAAACCUCACCAAAACUCACUCAACAGUUGCUGCCGUGUAAAGAUAACAGCAAGACUUGCUUCUUCUCUCCUUCACUGCCUGCCGCACUGGGAUACUGGAAGGAAAUAAUUCAUGGAAUUGCCCAUCUAACGCUGCAGGACUUCGGGCUGCUUCUCUGCUGCAGGACCCAGUGAGCCCGCAGCGGGAACCGUCCCUUGCUCAGACAGCUUCCCGCUGGUGCUGAGCUGUGGAGCACCAGGCCUGCCGAGGGCUGAGCUGUGAUGAGUGCAUGACCAGGAAUCAUCACGACCUGCGACGAAGGGCCUGCUGCUGGUUAGAUGCCCAAAAGGGAGUGCACAACUCUGGCUGAACUGAUGCAUCUCGGCACCUGAGGUAGGCACAGCUUCUGACAUGAAGAAAGAUAUAGACACUUUAAUAACCCAGGAAAAAGCAGAGAUCAUUGCCAAGUAUGAGAAGGGCAGGCAGGAGGGAGCCGCAAUUGACCCGUGGGAAGAUGCUGAUUUCACGCUGUACAAAGUUACUGACCGCUUUGGGUUUCUGCACGAGCACGAGCUGCCAACCCGCACCGCCUUGGAGGAGAAGCAAAAGCAGCAGGAAAUUGAGCGUGUGGACAAGUGGCUGAAGAUGCUGAGGAAAUGGGGCAAAUACAGAAAUAGCGACAAGAUGUGUCGGCGAGUGUACAAAGGCAUUCCGCUCCAAGUGCGAGGCCAGGUCUGGUCGCUCCUGCUGGACGUCGAGAAGAUGAAGAAGGAAAAUGAAGGAAAGUAUGAGCAAAUGAAACAACAAGCAAAGAGCUGGUCCUCGGAAAUCAAGCAGAUAGAUCUGGAUGUUAACCGCACCUUCCGAAACCACAUCAUGUUUCGGGAUCGCUAUGGUGUAAAGCAACAGGCACUGUUCCAUGUCCUGUCGGCAUACUCGGUUUACAACACUGAGGUGAGCUACUGCCAGGGGAUGAGUCAGAUCGCAGCCAUCCUGCUGAUGUACUUGAACGAAGAAGAUGCGUUUUGGGCACUGGCACAGCUGCUGACCAACCAGAAGCAUGCGAUGCAUGGUUUCUUUAUUCCUGGGUUCCCAAAGCUGCAGAGAUUUCAAGCUCACCACGAGCAGAUUUUAAGCAAACUCUUCCCGAAACUGAAGAAGCACAUGGACAAGGAGCAGAUGACGACAGGGAUUUACACCACCAAGUGGUUCCUGCAGUGCUUCAUUGACCGGACGCCCUUCACCCUCACCUUGCGGCUGUGGGACAUCUACAUCCUGGAGGGAGAGCGGGUCCUGACGGCCAUGGCUUACACCAUUCUCAAGCUGCACAAAAAGCGCUUGCUGAAGAUGACGCUGGAAGAUCUGCGGGAAUUUCUGCAGGAGAAAAUGGCUGCGUCGCUGCAGUAUGAGGAUGAUACUGUCAUUGACCAGCUGCAGGUGUCCAUGAAUGAGCUGCGCAAGAUGAAGUUUGACCUCCCCCCGCCUGCCAAGCCCGAUGAGUUCCCUCGCAGACCCCUGGGCCUGGAGCUCUCCCUCAACCCGCUGGCCAUGAAGGCCAGUGCAGCAGCCAAUGGCCAGAAUGGGCUUCUGGGUGAGCACCCCUCAGACAGGGGCACCGCACAGCCCCCCAGCCACCAAGAGACGGCCACCAGGACUUCCAAUGUGCCGGGCAGCCAGGCCCAUGAAGCAGCCGACAGCCAGCUACACCCCCCCCAGAGUGAGGGGCAGCCAGCGGAGGACAUGGCACAGCAGCAGUCUCCAAAGCUGAGCGAGACGCAGGCUUUUCCCUCCAGCCUGGAGGAUGCUGUGGGGAGUGGAGAGUCCACCCUGCACGCUGGACAUCAGGGUGAGCACGAGGAGCAUCAUGAGCCACACCACGAGCCACCCAGCCCCACUCCCUCCCCAUGUGGCUCCGUGGGCUCCUUCCACCCUGCCUCGGAUGCCCCUGUGGACGCACCAGCUGGGGAGGCCCAGCCACCUGAGCAGCCUUCCAGCAUGGACCACACACCGGAUCCUGCUGCUUCUGGGCCACCUGAGGGACAACAAGCAUCCUCCCUGCAUGGGGAGGAGGCCACAGCGCUGCACAGGGACAUUCUCGAGGACGUGGGGGAGGCGCAACAUGGAGCGAUGCUGCUGAACGGAAUGGACUUGAAGGCCUCACUGCCCAAGUCGGCGUCUGCGGGUGAGCUUGGUGGCCUGCAGCAGGGCACAGAGAUGGCACUUGAGCGAGGCUUUGCUGCCCUAGGCUCGCUUGCUCCGAGCAGGCCAUCGGGCAGCAGCACGCCUAUCCUGUCAGAGAGCGUGGCUCUGGCCAGAGGGAACAGCCUCCACACCAUGGUGAAAACCACCACCCGCCUGCAUGUGGCCCAUGUGACUGAGCAGGACUCGGCGAGCAGAAGGCAGGUGGCACUGCCCUGGCCGGAGGCUGCCCAUCCCCUGGCUGCCACCUCCCCGCUGCCUCCUGCCACGUCGGAUGUGGGGGUGGCCCAGCAAGGCACCCAGAAACCGCUGAAUGCACUGAAAGCACCGCGCCCCCCCGUGAGCCCCAAACCAAAACUUCCCCCGCAGGUUUCCAAAUCCCUCUCAGAGAACAGCUUCAGCCCAGGCUCUCUUCCCCCUGCACAGCUGCCCAAGUCGGUGACGUUUUAGUGGGGUAUGGGGCUGAGCAGGGAUUGGAGCUGGGAGCCAGUGUGGCACCAGCCCCACGAUGCCCCCAGCAGGGCUGUGCCUGCCUGUGGUGUCCCACAGGGCUGCGCUUUGGUACGAGAGCCAGGGCUGCGGAGCCUGGAGCCAACAGCAGCCCCCGCUUUGGUUUGCAUCCAUGGUUUCAUUUCUAUGGACAGAAGUGCUUGCAUUUGGGUUUGUUUGGGGCGAGCAGCAGGGCUGGUUAACACGUGCACUUUGCUGCCUGCCCCCUGACAGCACAGAGCGCCGUGACUCAGGGUAGGUGGGUGUAGAGAUGGACACAAGGCAGUGAAGUACAAAAUACUUAGCAAGAGGCUUUCCUUGCUCUGUAGCAAUAGGCCUUUAUUUCUUUUUCCAGACCUGCAGAAAGCAGCAGCCCUUCAGAUGGGGCUGGGGCACGCCAGCAGGCGAGCACCACUGCCCAGCAGUCUAUGCAAGUCCCUUUCUCCUGGCGGUCCCUUUCUGUGCCCCUGGCUGCACUCCCAGAGGGGAGGUGUUGGCAGCUGGUGGUGAUGAGCUCUGGCCGUGACCCCAGCGGAGGACCCUCCGUGUUCUCCAGGUGAUGAGGAUGGUGGUGAAGGUUGAGCUUGGGUGUUGCAGGUCCAGGGCAGCAAGCAGGCUUGCUGCCUUAAACUGACUGAAGAGGAGAAUUGGCUGCUGCCCUGGUGAGCCUGAGGGCACCAUGUAGCUGCAGUAGUGUGAGCCCCUGUCACGCACCUUGCCUUUGCCAGCGACCUGCUGAAGGUGUGUGGUGGUGCCUCAUCGUGGUGCCCAGGCUGAAGCCUGCUUCUGCCUGAACAAGUAAAAUUUCAGGGUGGAGAUGCCACAGAAGUUAAGAAAAGGGAGCACACUGCCCCCAGCUUUUCUUUGUCCUGGUUUAACUCGGCCAGAAAUCAGCAACCAAGAAAGGAAACCUGGGCACAGAGGUUUGGAAGUUGAUGCCCUCAAGCAUCACCACAGGACAGAUGCCCCCGCACCCAUGUGCACUGGAGAGCCCUGGGAGCCUGUCUCCCACCUUCCCUGGGACCACAUGGGAUCCAAGCCGAUCCCUGCCUGCAGCACCUCUUUUUCAGGCAGCGCUGAAAAAGGGAGCCAGGGCAGCUCACCCCACUGAAAGAACUGGCCCAAACCCAUGUGCCCAGCACACAGCAGCUCCUGGCGAAGGGAUUUCAGCAAGAAGGAAGAGCAAUGGGAGCAGCAGGAAAUGAGCGCGAGGCCAGAUGUGCGGUAUGUGACACUGCUUCAUGGCAGAGGGGAUGGGAAUGUCACCUUUUGGACAGUGGGUGGGACCGCUGCCCGUCCCUCCAAUGGCAAACAUGGGCCAAAGCUCCUCUAAGAUCUAAGGAGACUUUUGAAACCUGGUUUUCAUCUCAUUUUCAUCUCUCAGGCUGCUGCAGCAUAGCAAAGCCUACCUGGAGACUAGGAGAAAACAUCCACUCAGUCCCUUUGGGUGUUUAACUGGUUGUGUAUGUGCACGUUAGCAGCAAAGCCAUGGAAGGAGCCCACUGCUCCUUCUGUAGCGCUGCACUGCCCUGGACCCAUUUCCCUGCCCGUCCCCUCCCUGCAGCAGGGGGCUGAGCAAGCAGCUACCCCGCCAGGUGCUGCCAGGGGCAUGCGGUGCUGUUGGUGAAGCACUUGGAGGAGAAGUGCCAUACGGGUGCUCAGUAGUUCCUUUGAAACACCAUGGGUUGUUAAGGCAAAGGAGCUUGAAUUGGUUUAGUUGGUAUGUUCAUCAGUAACUGUGCAGUGGUUACAGCUGUUAGUCUGUUACAAUACCUGGGCAGUAUUUCAGGACAGGCAGCAAUUGCCUUCCAUAGGAUCCAUAUCAUGCUUGGAAGGAGGCUUGAAGUGCCCCAGGGGCUGCUGAGAGCUGGGUGCUGCUUUCCUUCCAGCUGCUCUCGCUCCAGUGUGCAUCCCAGGGCCAUCCUCACCAGCUCCAUCCCAUAGCAAAUCCAGUGCGACUGUGAGCAGUCUCAGGAAGGAGCUCCCGGCCCUGCCAAGCUGCCCGCACUGCGGGCUGUGUUGUCCCCUGGCCCAGUGCAUGGCACAGAUGCAGUCUGGGCAGCAGCAGAGCUGCGGGGCCCAGUACUGGAGGCAGUCUUUGCUCCCCAUCCUUUUGCCAUAGCCGUGCAGGGUCCAGUGCUGGAGGCCGGAGCUCGGCCGUGCACUUUGACAGCCCUGCUACCAUUGGCUUUUGUUUUAAUUGCUAUUCUUGUUUACAGCGUGGAACGCUUCCUCCGUGACUCUUUCUAAUGUAUUAUAAUUAUUACUUAAAAAAUAUCUGUCUGUGUUUUUUUUAAUAAGGAAGCUUGGUCAAAAAAAAGUCACUCGUUCCUUUUUGCAGACUGUA